GUGAUUCUACUUUGUUUUUUAUUUUAAAUCCAGUUCUUUAUUCUUUACACAAAUUGGUUAAAUUUAACAAAACAAAAUUUAUUAUUACACUUUAAUAUAUUAUUUGGUUUUAUAAAUAUAAUUGACACAUAUUUUAUUUUGGACAAGUUACUUAAAAGUUCUAUUUUUUCUUUGUCAUUUUAUAAGAUCGCUUUGUUAUGCACAAAAUAAAAACUUAAUUUUUCCAUUAUUUGGACCUUUUAUUUAACAUCAAUUGCAACUUUAAAUUUUAUAUAACACCCUUGAUAAAUUUGGAUUUAAUUUUAAAUCAAUAGAAGUAAAGUAUUAAGCAGUUUAAUGUUUUGUUAGCAACUUGUACUAGUAACGAAAUGUCGAAUUUCAAAUCAAGAGUCCUAGUUUUUGCAACAUUUUUUGGUAGUCUGCUUGCAAUAGGUUUGUUGUUAGUUAGUCUAACAACAAACCAUUGGGUAAGAUCAUCAGCAAAAAGGGUCAGCAUUCCGGAAUCCCAUGGUGAAAUUUAUUAUGGUCUCUUCAACGGAAUAAAAGACUUAAACGUUGGAUAUGGUUUACGAACGCAAUCAGUACACAUGCUAUCAUUUAUACAAAAUGAGCCGGAUGUAAUGAGUUUUUGGCUUUGGUUGUUUACAGCCUUAGGUGUUGGCUUUGCAUUACUUGCCAGUGCUAUUGCAGCAAUCGCUUCGAUUAUAAAAACAGCUUCUGCAGCAAAAAAGAAAGGGACUAUGAUUUUAUUAUUUGUAUCAAAUAUUUCUUCCGCUAUGGGCCAAAUAAUAGCUUUUGUUUGUUGGGCUGUCCAAUUUUAUCAACAUUUAAUACAUAAUGUUUUGGCUGCCGAAGAUCGUAAUCUAUUUUGGUAUACUCAUGGAUUAGCUUAUUUUGGUUAUAGCUUUUGGUUAGUUGUAUUGUCGACCAUUAUAGUCAUAGUGAAUCUAGUAUUACUAUAUAUCGCACAUAAACAUGAACAAUCUUUUAAGAGAUUCAUAGAGCCAAUUUGUGAAGAUAAAAACCAAACUGCUAUAAUGUUGUAUUGAGAAUUAAUUUUUAUUUUUUACUACAAUGUGUUUAUAGUAUUUUAGCAUUUAAAUGAAAUCAGUAAUAAGACAAAAUGCCGUAAUAUUUUUAAGUAAAUAUUUAAUUACUUAUUUAACAUAAAAUUAUGAAAACAUAUUUUUUAAUUAUGUAUAUUUUCUAUAUCUAAAGCUUUUCAAUAUUUACUCGAAUUACUUGAAUACUUAAUCGACUGUUGAAAUAUUUAAUACUCUAUUAUUAAAUUUAAGAUCGAAUAAAAAUGAAAUGUAUUUUUAUACCUUUUUUAUAUU